AUGUCACGAACGAUCGAGGUCACGGUUAGACAAGCCCUCCAGACCGUGCAAAACAGCAGUACAGGAGAGGUUGACGAACGUAUCCACCAGAUGCUCGAGGACUACCUUCGCCAAACCUGGAGCCGAAUUCAGGCUCAACCUGACACCUACGUUAUGACUGACCUUGAGUUCGCCGUGCUCAACCACUUCCGAGCACGGGCCGAGUACCAGAAUGAGACUGCCAGAAAGGCAAUCUCUAGAUACUGGGACAACAUACGUCCCAGCAAUGGAGCCGACAGCACGGAUCUUCGGCAAAUGCCGGAAGAGGGAUACACAAGCCGAGUGUCUUGGAUGACUCGUGCCCUUUCCAUAAAUCUCCUUUUGCAGGAAGGAUUUGCUCCCGACAGGGACCAAGAAUGGAGCCGCCAGUUCCGCCCAGACGCCAGUCGUUCUUUGAAGUCCCCGAAAGAGGCAUACACACGGAAAUGA